GGCGACACAUGCUGGUCCAUCAGCGCCCAGCUGGGCAUCACCAGCAGCAACCUCACGGCUCUCAAUCCCGGCCUCGGCUGCUCUGAGCCCAUCAAGGCGGGCCGCUCUCUGUGCGUCGAGCGCAAUGCCACCUUCGCCUUCACCGUGCCUCGGUGCUUGCAAUACGGUGUGCUCACAGCACAGGACACAUGCGAGCGCCUGCUGCAGCAGGUGGCGGGGAGUGAGGAAGACCCAUCGGGGGCUGGGAAGGUGAAUGCCAUGCGCUGGGCUGAGCUGUACCGCAACAAUCCCUGCCUCAUCUGCUCGAAUGUCGUCCCAGCCUCCGCAUCCGCUGUUGGCAGCAACACUGGCGUGCAG